AUGGGUGAUACUGAAACAGCGAAGCUUGCCCCCGAGGCCCUCAUCUCCAAGUUCCAGGUGAACAAGCUGCUCAAGCAGGAUCAAAAUGGCCGUCGAAUUGCCCUCCUGGGCACGAUUGAUGACCAGCAAGGUAUCUUGAUGGCUGAGCGUGCUGCCUUCGCCACAGAAUCACUUUCAGUUCUGCAAGCUUUCCACGCCGCAAUCACACGAAUCGACAACCUAGGCGACAACGACAUCUACCGCUGGUAUCUCGCCUCUUCCAACGGAAAAAGCACAGCCGACCAGGCCCCUACACCCGCUGAAGCAGCAGCAUACAUUGCGCCUCAGCAAGACCUCAAACUCAACCUGAUCUGGCCCUGCACUGCAUCUCAUAUCAAAAAGUACUCCGACCAGCAACUACGCAUGGUCACCGAGACACCAGCCAUCUACCGUGAUCAUGUCCGGCCAUACAUGCAAGCGAAGCGGGAAGAGGGAAGGCUGAAUUGGGUGUUCAACAUUCUUGAAGGCCGCACCGAACAAGAAGAUGUCAUCAUGCGGGAUGAUGGACAUGGCCCCGAGGAUGCAUUUUUGAUGUUACCUGACCUCAACUGGGACCGCAAGACGAUGGGAUCACUUCAUUUAUUGGCACUCGUGCAUAGACGCGAUAUCUGGAGCUUGCGCGAUUUGAAGAAGAGCCAUGUAUCGUGGCUGCGGUACCUGCGGAAGCGCGUUCUCGAAGCUACGGUCUCCAUGUAUCCGGACCUGGAAGAAGAUCAGCUGAAGCUCUAUGUUCACUAUCAACCAACAUACUACCACUUCCACAUUCAUGUGGUCAAUGUCAUGCUCGAGGCCGGUGCCACACAGGCAACUGGUAAAGCAUUUGGACUGGAGAAUCUAAUCGCGCAGCUCGAGACCAUGACUGGAGGAGACGAUGCUAGUUUGGCAGAUGUGGACUUAGCAUACCAUCUGGGUGAAGCAAGUGAGCUAUGGACGGAUAUAUUUGGGCCUUUGAAGCAGGGCAAACAGCCUGGUCAAUAG